CGUGGGGCAUUCAUUGAUUGAUUGAUACUUGCUUGUAUCAACAUCAAUAGGUAAACCUACUACGUCUUGCGAAGCACCGAAUAGCUACCUAACCUACCUCCUAGAUGAACUGAUCUACUACCACGCCUCUAUACCGUAAAACAACUAUCCCCCUAUCAAGAUGAUGAGUGGUCUAAGGAACACUCUGAGUUCGCAGUCUUUAACUCAUAGUUGAUCACCGUUCCGAAAUUAUCAACGACUAUGUUUGAAAAAUCGCUAUACGACCUCAUCCGAGGUCUGAGGAACCAUAAAGGAAACGAGAAAGAGUAUAUCCAAAAUUGCCUGAAAGAAUGUCGCACCGAAAUUCGAAGCCAGGACUUAGAUCUCAAGGCCACCGCCUUGUUGAAGCUAGUCUACCUGGAAAUGUUCGGGCAUGAUAUGUCGUGGGCGUCCUUUAACGUACUUGAGGUUAUGGCUUCUCCCAAAUACCAUCAGAAACGAGUAGGAUAUCUUGCCGCUAUCCAGAGCUUCCGUCCCGAUACCGAAGUCCUCAUGCUAGCAACAAAUCUCCUCAAGAAGGAUUUGACGGCGGCAUCGACCACCACUAUCGCCCUCCCCAUCAUCACUCUUCCCCAUGUUAUCACGCCGUCGCUAGCCCUCUCCGUUUUAUCUGAUCUCCUCCCUCGACUUAACCAUACCCACCCCGCGAUUCGCAAGAAGACAAUUGUUACAUUAUACAGGCUUGCCUUGGUUUAUCCCGAAACUCUGCGGGCAGCCUGGCCCAAGAUAAAGGAGAGACUUAUGGAUAGGGCCGAAGAUCCCAGCGUAACGGCUGCAAUUGUUAACGUCAUAUGCGAACUGGGAUGGCGGCGACCCCACGAUUUCCUUCCGCUAGCACCCCGGCUGUUUGAGUUAUUGGUCGAUAGCGGUAACAACUGGAUGGCAAUAAAACUGAUUAAGCUGUUCGCUACAUUAACGCCCCUUGAGCCAAGGCUUGUUCGCAAGCUGUUACCGCCUCUAACAGAGAUCAUCCAGACAACACCAGCAAUGUCUCUAUUAUAUGAAUGCAUAAGCGGAAUUAUCCAAGGAGGAAUCCUUGGAAGUGGCGAAGAUGCGGAUGGGAGAGAGGAGAUUGCCUCUCUUUGUGUUAAUAAACUUCGGGGAAUGAUUAUGGUAGAUGGCGAUCCAAAUUUGAAAUAUGUGGCACUACUCGCUUUCAAUCAAAUCGUUUUGACCCAUCCUUGGCUUGUAGCUCGGCAGGAAGACGUCAUUCUAGAGUGCAUAGACAGUGCCGACAUUUCUAUCCGUAUCAAAGCGCUGGACCUCGUACAGGGUAUGGUCAGCAGUGACAAUCUUGUGUCUAUUGUUAGCCGUCUUAUGAGACAACUCAAGUUGUCCUCGAGAGAUCGCAGGGCUACGAAUUAUCCAGGGCCAGGCUCGGGUGAUUCAGAUGACGAAGACAUGGAGAAGACAAUUGAUUCCGCUCCAAAAUCGGCCAAUCAAUCCCCGCCGCUCCCAGAUGACUACAAAGUUGAUGUGAUCAACAGAAUACUAAAUAUGUGUUCUCAAAAUAACUACGGUCAUUUAACGGAUUUUGAGUGGUACAUUGAUAUACUAACGCAGCUCGUACGGACUGCUCCGCUACCACGACCUGUUGACGAUAUGGACAUUCCUUCUGCAUCUGGGAGAUCGAGCGGAGGGGAUAUAUCUGAGAGAAUCGGGAACGAAUUGCGUAAUAUUGCCGUGAAAGUUCAGGCGCUUCGUCCUGCGUGUGUCCACGCUGCCGAGGCGAUUAUAUCUCAACUGAAUAGUGAGGCGAGGAUUGGACAGUCCGUUAUUUCAGGAACGUUAAAACCAGCUGCUUGGAUCCUCGGUGAAUUUUGUUCCGAGUUAUCUUCUCCUGAGGAUGUCCUUGGGCUUCUGUUACAACUGACCCAGAAGACUUCUCCGCCGGAGUCUCUUGCGGCCUGCCUCCAGGCGGUGAUGAAAGUCUUCUCGUUGGUGGCUGGAGACCAAUUGACUCCCUGGACGCCUGAGCGUAAAUCCAAGAUAUCGCUCCUAAUGGCUCGAAUCAUCCAUACCUUCGAGACCCUAGUUCAACAUCCGAGCCUAGAGGUUCAAGAACGGGCAGUCGAAUUUAUAGAACUGCUGAAACUUACCGCAGAAGCAGCAUCUAGCCAGGAAGCUUCCACAGAAACCGUCCACCAAGACCCCCCUCUGUUACUCACACAAGCGAUACCAUCCCUUUUUGCUGGUUGGGAGCUGAAUUCAGUUGCCCAGGCUGCGCAAAAGAACGUUCCCCUUCCAGAAGGGUUGGACCUAGAUGAACCCAUAAAUUCAAACCUCAACUUCCUACUUGCAUCUGCAGACUCGAUAUCAGUACCAGUCGACGAGUCGGAUGAAUUUGAGAGUUAUUAUUAUCAACGACCUCCAGCGAUAAGUAUAACCUCCGAGCCAGCCAUUAACAAACUGAUGGACACUCGUGAAGAUAUCGCGAGUUCUUACCAGCAGCCUACCGAAGAAAGCUAUUUGGACGCGGACAUAUUAGCGAAAAGGAAGGCGGAACGAUUGGAAAGGAAUCGUGACGAUCCAUUCUAUAUCGGGGAAACUAGUCCCAUCCAGAGAUCAUCAACACCCAUACAUAAUAUCCUCCAAAACUCCAACGGCCCUGACUUAGACGUCGACUCGAUCCCCAUCAUGGAACUCGACCUCGAUAAACUCAGCGCAGGCGUCGACCACUCCCGGCCCGCAGCGUCCAAACCAGCCCGCCGGCCACCGCGGCAGAAGAUCGUCGUGGCCGCGGACGAAAACCUAACCAGCAGUGGGUUGAGCACGCCGAAGAACUACGACUCGGAGAACAGUUCGGACACGGCCAAGAUCCGAGCCGGCGGCAUCAGCAACAACAAGAAAAUCAAGCAAUCGCUCCUCGGCGUCGACUCGACUAGUCUUACCGCGCUGAGCCUCGAUGACGACCCGGCCGGCCGGCCGUACGACCCCGAGGCCCAGCAGCGCGAGGAGGCCGAGAUGGCGCAGGCCAUGAAAGAAGUCGAGCGCCUGCGCCUCGAGAUGCAGCGCGCGAACGAGCGUAUACAAGUCGCUCAGGGGGUCGAUGCCGCGGGUACCGUCGUUAAGAAGAAGAACAAGAAGAAGACGACGACAGACAAGAAACCCAAGACGGCAACCCCGACUACGACAGAUCAGGACGGUGAAACGGGAGGAGACGCCGCGGCGGCAGCAGCAGGAGCUGUCAAGGUUAAGAAGAAAAAGAAGAAGAUCGCGCCGAUAGACGAGGGAGGUGAUGCUACUACUACUACUGCUGCAGGAGAUGUGGUGAAAACUAAGCCGAAGAAGAAGAAGAAAGCUACUCCGGUUGAAUUCCAGGAUGCGAGUACAGCGUGAAAGGAGGGGAUGGGGAUGGGGGUUGUAAUGCAUACCCCAGAAUAUAAAUAGCAAGCGAGCAAGCAAGCAAGCGAUAUGAAUAGAUAGUAAAUUACAUAGAUAUUCGUACGAGCUGGGUAUAUGAGGUACCUUGUAUAGACGAAUGACCAUCCAUCAUGAGCAUCGGUAUGGUUUGAACGCUUGAUAAUUCUAGGAGAAGAGAAUCGAUAUCUAAACCAUCUCGUUGCCUCCUCCAUUUAAUCUACGACUAAAUAAAACAAACACAUCGCAUCCUAAGCAGAAGUUACCUAGGUAUGUAUGUAG